AUGGAAGCGGCGGCGGCGGCGGCGGCCGUGUACCGCCUGGCGGGGACGUUGGGCUCGGAGCUGCAGCGGCUCUCGGGCCUCUUCGGGCCGGGCGCCGUGGCCGGGCUGGUGGCGCAGGUGGUGCGCCUCCUGGAAUUGCUGGAAGCGCUCGCCGCGGCCAGAGGAGACCGAGGCGGGACGGAGCGGCCCGAGGCGGCCUCGGCCUCCGGCGGGGAGCCGGGUCCGCCCCCGGCGCGAGGCGCUAAUCAGAGUUAUUUCUCUCACCCCACCAUCACGGCCUGGUCCUUGUGCCCGCCCAGUUUGAUCCCCUCCUCUUUCUUCUCCUCCUUGCAGGUCCUGGAGCAGCAACUCGCUGAGGUCCAGGAGCAAGAAUGCCGCCUUCGGAGCUGUCUGGCCCAGCUGGAAGAGGAGAAUCGGGAGCUGGUGGCCCGGCUGGCCAGCAGCCAGGCCCAGGAAGACAGCACCGUGUGCAAGGAGAGGGAGCUGAUGCUGCGACUCAAGGAAGUGGUGGACAAGCAGCGGGACGAGAUCCGUGCGCAGGCCCACGACAUCCUCAGCAAGUCCCGGGACAUGGAGGCGCUGCAGGAGCAGCUCAGCCGCUUCAUGUCCAUGAACGAAGAACUCCGUCGCAAGCUGGCCGUUGCCCAGGUGCAGCUCAGGAGCGCCCUGCAGAAGAAGGAAGACCUGGAGAACUUGGUGCUGGAGGCCCGUCAGGAGGCAGAGAGGCUGAGCAGGGCCGGGGGGGCGACAGAGCCCUCUGAGGCGGGCGUCGCGGAGGGUGCAGCAGCGGCAGCUGCCCCCACAUUGAGCCAAAGGAUGCCCGGAAGGAGCUCCUUCUCCCGGGAAGAGCUGCAGCAGGUCCUGCAAGAGCGCAACGAGCUGAAGACCAACCUCUUCUUGGUGCAGGAGGAGCUGGCCUAUUACCAGCGGGAACUGCUUAACAAUGAGCGGAUCCCCAGAAUCCUUCUUGAUGCGGUGAAAUCCACCAUAAAGAAGCAACGCAAGAAGAUCCGGGCCAAGAUGCUGGGGACGGCGGAGGAGGCGGAGAGCAGUGAGGAGGAGGAGGAGGAGGAGGAGGAGGAGGAGAUGUGGCUGACAGGGGACCCUGACAGCGUGGACGGCUGCCUGCCCGAGUCCCGAAUCAAGAGCUUUUUUGGCCUGUGGUAUCGCAGAAACAGCAAAAGCAGCUCACCAGGUGGCAACUCUGGAGCCUGGGAGAUCGUUAACCCGCAAGAUACAUGUCCGGAGGAGGAAGAGCGGCCACUGUCCCGUGGGUCUAGCCCCCCAAGUUUAACCUCACCCCUUGCCUGAAUCAGGUCCUGCUGCUUGGAUUGGCAACAGAGCCCGGUUUGGACGGACCGUACAGAGCUAAGGGUUCUCGGAGAAGCUUCCCGCCUGGCUACUAGAAAAAGCUCCAGCUCAUGCUGACUCACCCCGGGCUUCCUCGAUAUGGCUUGGACAGGGGAGUCUGCAGCCCCCAUGGGGAGGCUGAAGGCCCGCCUUGCCUGCAUUGGCUGGAUCCUGUCAAGUGCCCGCCUGAAGCCACGGCCUGCACAGGAGCUAUUAGGGGGCGUGUGGAUGUGAUCCCCAGCGCUUAGAAGCAGGCUCAGAUGGAGAUGCUGGAUGUGCCAGGACAUUCUCCUGACAUAAACCGAUGCAAAGGAGGCCUCUUUAAAUUUUGCAGAAUGUGUCCUGCGGGUGGCAGAGUCAGCUGUCCAUGUGGAGAAGACGUGGGCACCACGGAGAACGGAUUCCAGCCAGCCAUGGCUAGCAGGGCUUGGAAGAAGCCCUGCUAGCCAUGACCUUAGAUGGAUUUCUCA